CAAAGUUGUACUCGGGUACAUAGCAAAUGAAUCAAAGCGAUUCCAUGUAUUUGUAGCAAACAGGGUUCAACAGAUCCAAGGGAAAACAAUUCGAGAACAAUGGCAUUAUGUUGACACAAAGUCUAACCCUGCGGACGAUGCAUCCCGUGGUAUUCGAAUGCAAGACUUGUUGACGGUUCUCGUUGGAUAAAUGGCCCUGCGUUUCUGUGGAAAGAUGAGUCGCAUUGGCCGACAGCGACAGCUGGCAGCGAGAGAGAGAAGGGUUGUGAAAAUUCUCCAGACGAUCCAGAAAUCAAGAAAGCUGUAUCACUUGUCACCGAAACCAAGAUAUCCUAUCCCAGCUUUCUCAGUCGAUUACAAUAUUUUUCCAAUUGGUAUAGAGCAAAGGCAGCUGUAGCAUGGUGUCGUCGUUAUCUACAUCAAGUGAAGCAACGAGCAGGCAAAGGUCGGUUGAAAGAGAAUAUAAAUUCCUCACCUUCCCAGCGACGUGAAUCCCAACCAAGAUUGUCAGUAGAUGAUCUUACACAGGCUGAAGUGUUGAUCAUAAUAGCGGUACAGUCUGAGGAAUUUGGAAAGGAAAUCGAGAUACUGACCUCCCUCAAAACGGAACAACAUCCGAGCAAGAGUACCAAAACCUUACCAAAAGAACCUUACCUUUGACCGUUGACUCCAUGAAUGAUCCUGAUUUGUUUGACACCCAACCACUUACUUACUAUGAAGUCAAAAAUUGUUCUUCCACCGCCAGGUGUCUUCCAAUCAGUUGACCUUUACUCUCGAAAACCUUGGCGCCGAGUCCAGCAUUUAGCCAAUGAAUUUUGGUCUCGUUGGCGAAAGGAAUUUCUUCAGAGCCUCCAGCAAAGACAGAAAUGGAUAAAACCAAAGCGGAAUAUCAUGGUUGGUGAUGUUGUAAUCAUCAACGAUGCGAAUCUUCCUCUCAACAGUUGGAAACUAGGUCGCGUAUCAACGGUUUUUCGAGACGAUGAUAGCUAUUUACGAACAGUGGAACUAAGUGUUGGAGAUUCUUCCCUGAACGCCAAGGGACAACUAACAACGGCUUUGAAAACCUUGCAACGACCGAUACAUAAACUGGUCCUUCUGGUAGCAAGCGAAGACCAAGGGUAGAUUCCCGUCGAGGAGCCAUUCAUUUGGGACAAACUGUAUAUAGAACCUUGAUAUUGUGGUAGGGUUAAACUUAAGAAAGUGUACUAAUUUCAGGGGAGCCAUGUAGCUGCAUGCAUAAAUUUGCAUGAAUUAGAACCGCAUAAAUUAGAUAUUAAUAGACCGUUUGCAGUCUGGGAUAUUAAUGGUUUUAGAGUUUUUGUAAAGGUCAGCGUGUUGUUGACAGUCUCAGUUUAAAAUCCAUACGAAAAAGGUCAUUGUUGUGUUAGAUAUGUAAGUAAUUGUAUUUGCUCAUUAGCUAAAUGUCUUGUAGAUGUAUUGUUUAAGUGUAUUUUGUAUCUUUUCUUUAUAGUUUACGUAAAUUACAACAUAGUUGAAACAACUUGAAUUGUGUCCGUUGGCGUGUCUUGUUUGUCUUCUAUAUGUAGUUUGCAGUAAAAUCCAACGCAAAUUGGCCCUAUUAUCGUGGCCGAUAUAGGGACUUUUGCACGUUAAUCUCAACCAAACAACAACCAUGCCUAUUUCUACAUCAAGCAACACAUCUGAUCUGGUCGCAAAGUUUCAGCACCUAUUUACUGGCACUGGUACUGAGCUACAUCUUGAUCCUAGUAUACAACCAGUUGCCCCAAAACCUCGGCGAGUACCAUUUCACUUACGUAAGCAAGUAUCUGCCCGAAUUGAAGAAUUGGAAGCACUCGAUAUCAUAGAACGUGUAUCAGGUCCAACAUCGUGGGUAUCGCCCGUGGUAGCAGCACCUAAACCCCACAACCCGUCUGAAGUUAGAGUAUGUGGUGAUUAUCGACAGCCCAACCGAGCAAUAAUUCGAGAACGGCACCCUAUUCCCACGGUGGAAUAG